AUUUUCUAUAAAACUUUCGAGCCAGCCUGGUUUUCCCACACCCAUUUUGCGGCCGGCGAGAAUCAGAGACUCCUCCCACACACACACGAGCUACACAUUUCGAGAUCGAGAGAGAGAGUGACAGAGAAAAGACAGAAGAAGGUGGUAAUAAUAGCUAGAGAGAGAGAGAGAGAACAUAGAGGGAGAAGCAGGGGUUCCGCGCAGCAAGAGGCUCGCAGAGAUAAUGUCAAUGGAGGCAUCGGAGCAGCAGCCGCCGUCGCAGCCCCGGCAACAGCUGGCGCACCACCUGUCGGGGAGCCUGAGCUUCAGCAGCAACCUGUCCAUUUCCGGCGAGGACGAGGAGAUGUCGAGAUCGGCUCUGUCCAACUUCAGGGCCAAGGAGGAGGAGAUCGAGAGGAAGAAGCUGGAGGUCAGGGAUAAGGUCAUGUCGCAUCUGGGUCGCGUCGAGGAGGAGACCAAGAGGCUCGCCAUGAUUCGUGAGGAACUUGAGGCAUUGUCAGAUCCAAUGAGAAAGGAAGUUGCACUUGUCCGAAAGAAGAUCGAUGCAGUAAAUAAGGAAUUAAAACCACUGGGACACACCUGCCAGAAGAAGGAGAGAGAGUACAAGGAAGCCCUUGAGGCCUUCAAUGAAAAGAAUAAGGAGAAAGUGCAGCUCGUUAACAAACUAAUGGAGCUGGUGGGCGAAAGUGAGAAGUCGAGGAUGAAGAAGCUGGAGGAGCUGGCUAAGAGCAUAGAAACCCUACAAUGAGAGAUAGCCUUGACGUUGAUGACUGAUUGAUUAGGUCUCUUUUGUGAUGAUAUGUAUGUAAAGUGGUGUUUACCUUCCAAUCACUAGAUGGGUGCUUCCGGGUUUGUUGUUUUCUUGAAUUUUCUGAUGUCUUUGCUUGCUUUUUCUCUCAUUAGCAUUUGAUGUGUGUACAAUUUAACUAAUUUAGGAAGGGAAUAACCCCCCCAAAACAGAACACAGAUGGGUAAGAACUAAACUGUCCAUCAACUCUGCAGUGUCUUGUUCUUC